AUGGAGAUUAUCCCCACUUUUGAAGAGCAACAGGACGACCCCGCAGGACCACGAGACAGUCUGCGUGCUGCACAUUAUGCGAAAGAAUAUCAACGGCCUAUUAAACAAGAGGACCUCCAUCCCGUCUCUAGCUCCAGCAGAAACACACAAAGAAACCUUAGCGAAGCACAAGCCCUGUUGAACAAACUGACCGCCAUCAUGCCAUCAUUUGGCAUGCGCCUUGCACCUUCGAAGUGCAAAGUCCUGCUUCAGAACGUGCCAUCUGCGAACGUAUCCCUUACAGUUCAAGGAGAACCACUGGAGAUUGUGGAAAACUUUACGUACCUCGGUAGUUGUAUUAGCUCUGACGGAAGUGUGUCUGAUGAAGUCGGUGCAAGAAUCUCAAAGGCUCGAAUCACGUUUGCUAAUUUGCGUCACUUGUGGCGUCAAAAAGGCAUCUCACUGGAUCUUAAGGGUCGUGUGUACCAGGCUACAUCUUUGGAUCGGGCUUUGCCGGUAGUGGAUAGAGUGUCACACCAGCAGUUGCUACCUGCACAGUUCGUUGAAGGUGUGCAGUCUGCGCUUAGUGUCCAGUUGCGGUUGGCGAGAGCUAUUGGCCAGUUGAGUGUGGAGGUGGUGCAUCUGGCACCGGAAUUGGGUAAGGCGCCACUGGCCACGUUGUGGUCGAAGGGUAAAAGGGAGGAUUCACCAGUGGGGGACCUGCAGACCACAGUGGACCAGCUAGCCAAACAGCUUGCAGCCAUCAAGACGAAAUCGGGCAGACAGGCUUGA